GGGGGAGGAGUGAUCAGUUGAGAUGAGCAUCUGGUGCAAGAUCCUUUAAAGAAGGAGGGUGUGUUGUUUUUGGGUGAAAAUCUAUGCCUACUAUUGCUGCUUCGUGCUGGAAAUGCUGAAAAUGGGGUUUUAAUUUGUGGAUCAGCCUUUGGAACUCAAGAAACAAAAAGUUCACUUUCUCGAAAUCUGCCAAUUUCCAUGCUGGAGUAAACAGCAUCGCGCUGCUUGGUGUGAACGUUGGGUUACCGAACAUAGGCCACCGUUUUGAAAGAUGGAGCACUGCCACGGACCUGUUAACUUACAUGUGCUAGACCAUGGUACACGAGACUUGUCACAACAAAAACGGUCUUACAAGGUUGGAAUGAAAGGAGAAGCCAUAAACUUGUAUUCGCCAAGUAAAAUAUCGUCCGUUGAUUGGAUGAAAGCAUCUCUCGCAGCAAACAGGCAACAGCCACUAACUUGGUACAAGGCUUACUUCAACGCACCAAAUGGGAACGAGCCGUUGGCUUUGGAAAUGAGUAGCAUGGGAAAGGGGCAAGUGUGGAUCAACGGGCAGAGCAUUGGAAGAUAUUGGACAACCUACGCGAAGGGGCAAUGCAGCGGUUGUAGGUACGAAGGAACGUAUCGACAAGGAGAGUGCCAAGAUGGAUGUGGGAAGCCAACACAAAGAUGGUACCAUGUUCCAAGGUCAUGGCUGAAGCCCACCCAAAAUUUAUUUAUUGUUUUUGAGUGGUGAUGCUUCCAAGAUUUCCCUUGUUAAAAGAUCACUUGCUUAUGUAUAGAAUAUGCGACUUAGAUGGAUAGAUUAUUAUAAAUAAUUAAGCUCCAAAUUUGAAUACUCCAUUCUUUGUAAAUUAUGGAUAUUAUUGAAACGCCUAUGUAAUAUGCAAGGAAGAGAGGAAUAUUUGAUUUGUAAAUUAUGGAUACUCUUGAAACACCAAUGUAUUAAUAUUAUGCAA